AUGGUUCAGAGUCAGCAAACUGAUGACGCAUGUCUGACAAUUACCACUAAGAGUGGUAAGAUCUUAUUUGGCCUUUAUAUGGGCAAGUCUACGAAUAGUGAGAUAGUUGUAGAUGAACCAGAAGAAAAUAACCUAGUAGAGUGUGAGAAGCCAGAUAGCUCUAUUUAUGCAUCGAAGAAGGCACUUGAGCAAAUGCCAGGAUAUGAAAAAUUCAUGAAGGACUUUGUUACCAAGAAACAAGCAGCGAGUUGUGAAUUGGAGGCAUACCUUUACCUUUCUAGCGCUAUUUCUACAAGGACCAUAAUGCAAAAGAAGCCGAAUCCAUGUGUAGUCAUUAUUCCCUACAUAAUUGGAACUAUGAGGUUCACUAAUGCACUGUGUGAUCUAGGAGCAUUCAUUAAUUUGAUGCCAUUGACUAUUUAUAAAAAGUUGGGGAUGGGGAAUCCCACACCCACCAACAUGAGACUGGUGAUAGCGGACAGGUCAGUAAAGCGGUCUAUUGGCAUUCUGUAUGAUGUGUUGGUAAAGGUUUCAAAUUUCAUAUUCCCGAUAGACUUUGUCAUUCUAGACUGCGAGGUGGACUUUAAGAUUCCCAUAAUCUUGGAUCAACCUUUUCUCUCAACCGAAAGUGUGUUGAUUGAUUUGAGAGUGAAUGAACUCUUAUUCAGGGUAAAUGAUGAAGUGGAUGUAGCCAGAAUUGAACAACUUACUAUCAAACCUUUGGCCGUGGUCAUGAUGAACUAUGAUAGUGAAGGUAUGGAGGAGUAUGAUGAGACAUUUUGUGCCUUGAGUAGCAUAGGGUCAUACCCUUAUGCUCCUAAAAAUUUGGACCUUGACCUUGUUAAUCGACCAACGGCACCAGCCAAGCCAUCUAUUGAAGAACCCCCAAUAUUGGAGUUGAAGGAGUUGCUUGGACACUUACGAUAUGUGUUUCUGGGUAAAGGAAAGACGCUACCUGUUACUGUUGCAGUUGAUUUGAAAGAACAACAGGUAAAGUAA